CAUGUCACUGUGAUUCAGCGGAGGCAUGUGGAACCACGGCCCCGGGAGCAGGAGCCUCUUCCCGGCCACACUGUGCCUGCUGCUGACGCUAUGGACGGAGGUGUCCCAGUCCACCGGGUCCUUCGAGCUGCAGCUGGUCUCCGUGCAGAACGUGAACGGCGAGCUGGCGGACGGUGAGUGCUGCGACGGGCCCCGGGGGUCUCAGGACCUCCGCUGCACCCGGGACGAGUGCGACACCUACCUGCGGGUGUGCCUGAAGGAGUACCAGGUGGAGGUGUCCACCGCGGGAGCCUGCACCUUCGGAUCUGGAGCUACGGGAGUUCUCGGUGGAAAUAUGUUUUCUUUUAAGAGCGGACGGAGCAACGCGAACAGAGCAGCAGACGAGCCCGGCAGGAUCGUGAUCCCCUUCCAGUUCGCCUGGCCGCGGACGUACACGUUGAUUGUUGAGGCCUGGGACUGGGACAACGACACACGAAGCAAUGAAGAGGAGCUGCUGAUCGAGCGCAGCGCCCACACCGGCAUGGUGAACCCCGGUGACCCCUGGCAGACCAUCCCGCACGCCGGCGCCGUGGCUCGCCUCACGUACCGUAUCCGGGUGCGUUGUGACGACAACUACUACGGCAACAAGUGCAACAAGCUGUGCGUUCCUCGCGACGACUACUUCGGGCAUUACCGCUGUGAGCCUUCAGGCGCCCAGGUGUGUCUGGACGGCUGGAUGGGACCCGACUGCUGCACAGCAAUCUGCAAACAAGGAUGCCACCUGUUGCACGGCGGCUGCUCGGUCCCGGGGGAGUGCAGGUGUAACUACGGCUGGCAGGGGCAGUUCUGUGAUGAGUGUGUUCUGUAUCCUGGCUGCGUCCACGGGACCUGCAACCUGCCCUGGCAGUGCAACUGUGAGAGGAACUGGGGCGGCCUGCUGUGCGACAAAGAUCUGAAUUACUGCGGACGCCACCACCCGUGUGUUAACGGUGGAACCUGCAUGAACACGGAGCCGGACGAGUUCCACUGCGCCUGUCCACAGGGCUACUCCGGCAAGACCUGUCAGAUAGCCGAACACGCCUGUGUCUCCGACCCCUGCGCCCACGGUGGCGCGUGCCACGAGGUCGCCACCGGGUUCGAGUGCCGGUGUCUCCCGGGCUGGGAGGGUCCGACCUGCGCCAACAAUUUGGACGAGUGUGCGUCCGGCCCUUGCGCUCGGGGGGGAACCUGCAUCGACAGGGAGGACGGCUUCGAGUGCGUGUGCCCGCCGCAGUGGGAAGGAAAGACCUGCCAGAUCGAUACGAAUGAGUGCGCAGACAAUCCCUGCGAGAACGCUUACGCUUGCAAAAAUUUGAUUGGCGGAUAUCACUGCAACUGUUUUCGGGGAUGGUCUGGACAGAACUGUGACAUCAAUGUGAACGGCUGCCGCGGUCAGUGCCAGAACGGAGCCACGUGCAAGGAGGUCGCCCGGGGUUACCACUGCCUGUGUCCUCCCGGCUUCGCGGGCGCUCACUGUGAGAUCCAGAGGAACAGAUGCGACGGCGCUCCGUGCCAGAACGCCGGCCAGUGCCACCCGGUGCUGGACGGCUUCGUGUGCGAGUGCCCGCCCGAGUUCGCCGGACAGCUGUGCGAGAUCCCCAGCUGGUCGCCCUCUGACGCCUGUGAUCCGAACCCGUGUGAGAACCAGGCUCAGUGUCACAGCAUCUAUCAGGAUUACUACUGCGCCUGUCCCGACGGCUUCGAGGGACAAACCUGCGAGCGGCUCAAAGAGAAGUGCAGCACCGUCCCGUGUCAAGCGAUCGACAGCUGCACCGUUGCUGUAGCGACCAACGACUCGGCCGGCGUGCGGCACAUCUCCUCCAACGUCUGCGGUCCGCGGGGUCGAUGCCUCAGCCAGGCGGGGGGGAACUUCACCUGCGUGUGCGACCCGGGCUUCAGCGGCAUGUACUGCCACGAGAAUAUUAACGACUGCAUCGACAGCCCUUGUGGAAACGGAGGAACCUGCAUCGACGGCGUGAACUCCUUCCAGUGCUUCUGUCCCGACGGCUGGGAGGGCCGCCUCUGUGACCACAACGUGAACGAGUGCGGACACGACCCGUGCAAGAACGCCGGCCGCUGCGUGGACCUGGUGAACGACUUCUACUGCGAGUGUGCCGACAACUGGAAGGGCAAGACCUGCCAUUCCCGCGAGAGCCAAUGCGACGCCACCACCUGCAGUAACGGAGGCACCUGCUACGACCACGGAGACGCCUUCCGCUGCGCCUGCCCGCCCGGGUGGGGGGGCAACACCUGCAACACAGCCAAGAACAGCACCUGCGCCUCCAGCCCGUGUUCCAACGGUGGAACCUGCGUGGGGGGGGGGGACACCUUCACCUGCAUCUGCAAGGACGGCUGGGAGGGACCGAGCUGCGGCCAGAACACAAACGACUGCAACCCUCAUCCAUGCUACAACGGAGGGAUCUGCGUGGACGGAGUGAACUGGUUCCGCUGCGAGUGCGCUCCGGGGUUCGCCGGACCCGACUGCAGGAUCAACAUCAACGAGUGCCAGUCCUCUCCGUGUGCCUACGGAUCCACGUGCGUGGACGAGAUCAACGGUUUCCGGUGCAUCUGUCCCCUCGGCAGGACCGGAGCCAGAUGUCAAGAGUUCAUCGGUAUCGGGAAGACGUGUCACUACGCCGGGCUGCAGUUCCCUCACGGCAGCCGCUGGGAGGAGGAGUGCAACAGCUGCCACUGCAUCAACGGCAAAGUGGACUGUACCAAGGUGCUGUGUGGUCGGCGUCCGUGCCUGCUGCAGCCGUCGGGUCAGCAGCAGUCCUGCCCGGCUGGACGGGAGUGUCUAAAGCACAGCUACCUCACCUGCUUCUCCCCCCCCUGCCACCAGUGGGGGGUCUGCUCCAUCGCCGGACCCUCGCCCCCUCAAGUCACCACCGAGUGCCAGCCCAACAGCGGGCACUUGGACAACAGCUGCGUCCGCAUCACGCUUGUUCUCAACAGAGACAAAGCACCACCAGGAACGACUGUGGAGAACAUCUGCUACGAGCUGAGGUAUCUGUCGAGUCUCCGGAGUUUGGCGAAGGGCCACGAGCUCCUUCUGCUCUGUGACGUCUCUCCGUCCAACCAGGACGCUGUGAAGGUGGCCAUAUCUUUCCAGCCUGAGGAUCUACAGGACCUCAGUAUGAUCCAGAAGGUUGCCAGCGCCAUAGAAGGCACCUUGUCGAGGCGACACAACAGCAGCAUAAUGCUGGCUGUCACCGAGGUCAAAGUGGAAACGCAGGUCAUGCCCCCCUCAGUGGACUACCUGGUGCCUCUGCUCUGUGUCGUCUUCUGCCUGCUCUGCCUCUUCUGCAUCAUCGUAUGCGUUUGGUGGACACGCAAGCGGAGAAAAGAACGAGAGAGGAACUCGCGAUCUGCUUCAGACGACAACGUGAACAACCAGUGGGAGCCGCUCCGGAUCGUGGUGGGCCGGGCGCAGCAGCAGCAGCUGAAGGAGAGCAACAGGGAGGCUGAGCAGGAGCGCAAGAAGCUCAUGGGUCCUUCCUCUCGGACGUGUGACGAAGGGGAGGAGGAGGAGGAGACGGAGGGCGAGCUUGAGCUCGAGGAGGAGGAGGAGGAGGAGGAGUGUGGUGGAGCGGAGGCGGGGAAGCAGCCAGUUUAUAAGUACUCUAAGACUGCAGUGCAGUCCAGUGGGGGGGUGGUGUGUACCCAGCACAGCUCCAGCCCCCCCCUCAAAGCGCCUCACCGGACCCCAGGCUACAACCCCAAAGACAACCGCUGGAAAAACGUCAGUGCCGUCCUGAGCGGUCCCAAAGGCCUCAGAGACCACUGCGUAUGAGACCCUCGACCCAGAGAGAAGCUGCAGGAAGCAGCUCUGCUUAUGUUCACACAACUUUCGGAAAGAAAAAGAGGCUUUGUGUUUUAAUAAGCCAUUCUUUGUUUGGAUGUUUUCGUCACUGUCACCUGAAACGAUUUUUUUAAUUCAGGAGGCUAGUGCACAGUGAACAACCUUUUUUUUGCUUCUGUUCGCUAAAUAUUCUUUAAUUAUGUACAGAAGGAGCUGAAAUGUUAGCGGUUUUCUUGCGUGAGGCAAAAGAAGCUCUCUGCAAUUUUUUGUUUUAUGGAUUUGUACCAUUUAAGAAAUGAUGAAUCAAGAAAAAGGCGAGAAAAACAACUUGUAUAAAGUUUUUUUUUUUUUGGUUUGUUUACAGAUUAUGAUUUAGUUGAGUUGUCAGCGGGCUCCUGUUCAGUGUCUGUGGGUUCAGACACACGUUAGAGGGACGGUCAAGGAAGAGUUUAGAGGGGAAUGUCCUGUUGACGUCGCAGCAACAGAGGAGGACUUCCUGUCUCUGUCCGGCUCCGCCCACUGGUCCACCUGUGCCCGUCAUGCGCCAGCCUUACCAAAACACUUGGCCUGGAGGGGAGAGGGGACAGAAACCCCAGUGCCUACUAUGUGGCCUUCCAUUGUUUUUGUUUUGUUUUGCUCCCGUCGCUCGGUCGUCUCGGCUGGACGCUCCGUUUUGAGGAUGUUCUGCAGUAUUUGAGUUGGUAGCAAGUGCCUUUCUACGAGCUGUGUGGAGGCUCCGAGUCGCGCUGCCCAGUUUGACCUCCUCGUUCUCAAAUCUCAAAGGGAUAUAAGUGUACAUUUAGAGAGUUCAAUUUCACAGCAACGCCAUUCAAGGUAUUUGAUCCAAACAGAAAUGAAUACUCUGUACAUAUGUGUAAAUACUAAAGGAGUCGCUGUGUAUAUUUGAAAUAAGUAACUUAAAGACA